AUGCGCCGCCAUCCCCUCCGCGCUUCGCAAACGCUGCGAUCAGUCAGUCCUCCCGACGCUAUCAGCUUGAUUCAGAGCUACGACUCCGACCUCAACCCAUCUCGACCCGUUAAAUCGUCCCCCUUGGGCUCCUCCACCGACACCGGCCUUCCUCUGGAGCUGCUCGACCGCCUCAAGGCCUUCCCGCUCUUCCAGACUGCGCCCGAAACCUUCUUACUGUCAAUUGGCCGCAGCCUCCGCCCAAAGAUAUACCAAACAGCGCACGAGAUCAUUCGAGAGGGCGAAGAUGCAAAGGCCAUGUACUGGCUCGUUCGCGGCUCCGUCCGUGUCACCAGCAGAGAUGGCGAAAGCACCUACGCAGAGCUUAGGCCAGGUUCCUUCUUUGGCGAAAUCGGCAUUUUGAUGGAUAUGCCGCGAACUGCAAGCAUCGUAGCAAGUAUUCGCAGUCUGGUGGUGCGUCUGAACAAGGAAGACCUGCAGAAAGAGCUGCCUUCGUAUCCCAACGUGGAGAGAGCGAUAAGAGACGAAGCGCUGGAGAGAUUGGCGAUACUGGAACGCAAGAAGAAGGAACGCGGGACAGGCUCCCACGGACCACAGGAUGGCAGCAUUAGACCUCCUGCUGCUCCGCGGAAACGAUCACGUGAUUGGAUGGCCGGCGACGUCGAGAUGGGCGAGGCCGGCUCACUAGAAGAUGGAGAGAUCACAAGCAACAAAAAGCGGAAGUCGCCAUCUCCAGGCAUAGCAGAAGUAGCUGCAUCCAGCGCGCUUGGCACAUCAGCACUCACGGUCCGCCAGCUUCUCAAGGAGCUUCCUCUGUUCUCCGGACUACCUGCGGAGAUCCUGCAUUUCCUUGGCGUAAAUGCGCAGCCGGUUUCCUUUCCGCCGUUUACAGAAAUUGUCAAACAGGGCAGCAGCGGACGGGAAGUCUACUUCAUCAUCAGAGGCGACGUCGAGGUUCUCACCGACAUACCUGGCACCGUGAAAACUCCUGCUCCGGCAGACACGAGUGCGCAAGCGAAUGGCAAUGGACAUCAGCCUGAGCAACGCAUGUGUGCCCGUCUGACUGCCGGGCAAUACUUCGGCGAAGUGACGAGCUUGAGCCUUGCCCCGAGGCGCGUGGCGACAGUGCGUACUGUCAACGCGGUGGAGUGCUUGCUCAUCACAGGAGAGGUCUUGGAUGAUUUGUGGCGAAGAUGUAGCUCCGACAUCAAGCAGCAGGUGGAAAGCGAGGCAAAGAGGAGAUUGAAGGCUGCCAGGAAAGACGAGGACACAGUCAUGACAGAUAUCGGAGUCCCAGUUGGAGGAACAGCUGGUAAAGGUGUGAGCACGGGAGAUGACCAGAGUACUGAGACCGAUACGCUUGGAGGAGCUAAGGAUGAUUGGCGAAAAGACCUACCGACAGUCCAAUUUGACGAGCCGCUGUCGCUUGAUGGGCCAACGGAGCAUGCCCAUGGUAUUGUGCCGCAGAUGGAGCCGAUCGAUCCCGAUCCUUUCUUCAACGAGAAUCUGGACAACAUGCGCGCCAAGUCACGGCGAUCCUCGCUUGCGCCACCUCUCCCACCAGCGGACGGUCAGAUGUCAGCUUUGAGCGAGAACAGAGCGACACCCGAACAGCAUCAUCGCACACCCAGUCCACCCGCUGUGCGUAUCUUGCCUUCAUCUCCCUUGAAGCCACUGCCUCACAAGAUAUCCCCCGCAUCCUCACCUGCAACAGCAUCACCCAGCUCUCCGCUGCGUCUAAUAAGUCCUUUCUCGACAAGACGGCCGAGUCUCGAUAGGAGACCGUCAAACUGUGGCAAAGGGAGGCUUCCAGACUCUGUCUUGGUACUCAUCCUGAAGCAGUUGGAUUUGCUCGAGUUGAUGAGAUGCCGACGAGUCAGCAUGCAUUGGCACCAUCUGAUCACGACUUCUCCUGAUCUCCUCCAUCAACUUGAUCUCGCCAGAUACAACAAGUACGUGACCGAUGAGACGCUGCGUGACAUCAUCGUGCCAUUUGUUGGAAACAGGCCGAAAGAGAUCGAUCUGUGCAACUGUUUCCAUGUCACAGAUGAGGGCUUCAAGGCGCUCACGGAGUCGUGCGGUGAUACUGCCCGAGUGUGGAAGAUGAAGUCAGUGUGGGAUGUCACUCCCGGCGCAGUCUUGGCACUCGUCGAUAGAGCAAAGGGGCUCGAAGAGAUCGACCUGAGCAAUUGCAGAAAGGUCGGUGACAAUCUGCUUGCUCGUGUGGUUGGGUGGGUCGUGCCAGAGGCUAAGCCCGGCCUACAACCACCACUGCCUCCGCAGUUCACGAAUGGCAAGCGCCACAACUCGAAGCGCCAGGGCUCAGCUGCUUUAACGUUACCUGGCCAGGACAACCAGCCUCCGCCGCCUCCCGGGACCAUCAUAGGCGCGCCAAAUCUCAAGCACCUGACACUGUCUUACUGUAAGCACGUUCAGGAUCGCAGCAUGGCCCAUAUCGCGGUACAUGCCGCAGACCGUCUCGAGAGUCUGGACUUGACUAGAUGCACGAGCAUCUCAGAUGCCGGCUUUCAUUCUUGGGGCGUAUACGAGUUCCGCAACCUGAAAAAAUUGGUUCUGGCCGAUUGCACUUACCUCAGCGAUCAAGCAAUCGUCGGAGUGGUUGGAGGGUGUCGGAACUUGAAAGAAUUGGACCUAUCAUUCUGCUGCGCGCUCUCCGACACAGCGACAGAGGUGCUGAGUCUUGGACUGCCAGGAUUGAGAAAGCUUGAUAUGGCUUUCUGCGGUUCCGCCGUCAGCGACAACAGCUUGCGAUGCAUCGGUCUCCAUCUGCUCGAGCUACGAUAUCUCAGCGUACGAGGCUGCGUCCGAGUCACAGGAGCAGGCGUCGAAAGCGUCGUGGAAGGCUGUCGCUAUCUGGAAACGUUAGACGUCAGCCAAUGCAAGAAUCUACGGCCAUGGCUCGAUAGGGGCGGCAUUCAAAAGGUGAAUGGCCCUUUGGGCAGAAACAUCAAAUUCGACAUCGUUGCGGAUGGAUCUUGGAGAGCGAUUACGAAGUGA